CCGCGCACGCGCUGAGAGCCUGUCAGCGGCUGCGCCCGUCUGCGCAUGCGCAGCUCCGGGGACGCCUGCGCCCUGGCUGCGAGCGUGUGGCGCCCGCGCUUUCCCCCGGCGGUGCGGAGCGCAGGGAGCUGGCGGUCGGCGCUUCCUCUCGGGCCUGGUCCACUGACGCGCGGCCCCGCCGCGAGGUGCGGACGCCGGGGCCAGGAGGGGAGGAGGAGCAUCAGAUCCAUGCUGCUGCUGACUCGGAGCCCCACGGCUUGGCACAGGCUCUCUCAGUUCAAGCCCCCAGUCCUCCCUGGGACCCUGGGAGGCCAGGCCCUGCAUCUGAGGUCUUGGCUUUUGUCAAGGCAGGGCCCUGCAGAGACAGGUGGGCAGGGCCAGCCCCAGGGCCCUGGGCUCCGAACCCGGCUGCUGAUCACAGCCCUGGUUGGGGCUGGACUCGGUGGGGCCUGGCUGGCCCUGAGGGCUGAGAAGGAGAGGCUGCAGCAGCAAAAGCGAACAGAAGCUCUGCGCCAGGCAGCUGUGGGCCAGGGUGACUUCCACCUGCUGGACCACAGAGGCCAGGCUCGCCGCAAGGCUGACUUCCGGGGCCAGUGGGUGCUGAUGUACUUUGGCUUCACCCACUGCCCUGACAUCUGCCCAGACGAGCUGGAGAAGCUGGUGCAGGUGGUGCGGCAGCUGGAAGCAGAGCCUGGUUUGCCUCCAGUGCAGCCCGUCUUCAUCACCGUGGACCCUGAGCGGGACGACGUUGAAGCCAUGGCCCGCUACGUCCAGGACUUCCACCCGAGACUGUUGGGUCUGACCGGCUCCACCGAACAGGUUGCCCAGGCUAGUCACAGUUACCGCGUGUACUACAGUGCCGGCCCCAAGGAUGAGGACCAGGACUACAUCGUGGACCACUCCAUUGCCAUCUACCUGCUCAACCCUGAUGGCCUCUUCACGGAUUACUAUGGCCGGAGCAGGUCAGCUGAGCAGAUCUCAGACAGUGUGCGGCAGCACAUGGCGGCUUUCCGCAGUGUCCUGUCCUGACCCGCUGCAGCCUGGGCCCCAUCAUUAAACGGGGUGUGUUUAA